AUUUAAACAGGAUUGUGUGGCGAAAACAGACAGAAGAACGAGGACGCACACAAACAAAACAUCAACCUCUGAUAGUCUUCCCUCACAUCGGGGAUCAAUCGACAACAUCGGGCGCUUCGUGUUUUUUCCCAAUUAGUUUCCAACUGGGUUUGUGGAGAGCUUUGGAGAUGUCCAACGUUCAGCUAUCGAGCAGCGCUCUGGAGAGGCUUGUGGCCAGGCGGACCUUUCCUCUCCACAGACGCACCGGCGUCUGUCGCAACCUCUUCGGACCAGUGGAUCACGACGAACUGAACCGGGAGAUGAAAGCUAAGCUGCGUGAGAUUUCCGAGAGGGACCAGCAGAGGUGGAACUUUAAUUUCGAGGCCAACACCCCGCUGGAUGGGGAUUACGAGUGGGAGGAGAGCCCCGUGGAUAAGACCCCGGUCUUCUACCAGGACUCUGUACAGAUCGGGAGAACCAGAGUGGUUGUUACGCCCGUAAAGGGGAAGCCCUCCCCGGACUCUGGCCUCCCAGAAUGCCCUCGUAUGGAUGUACUGGAUCGCUUGGCCGACCCCGAAAGCAGCAGCACUCCCUGUCCGGCCGAAAUCAACCAGGAGAACCGCACAGACAAACUCAACUCAGGGAAGUCGAGUCGCAGACAGGUUCCGUGUGUUAGACGCAAGAGGACGGCCACUACUGACACCAAUACGACACAUAUCACAGACUUCUUCGUGAAACGAAAGAGGGCUGCUGAUAUGAAGUGUAAUGAUUUGAGCGCCUGCCACCACUCCAGGUCUCCAAACCCGGUGGAACAAACCCCACGAAAGAGAAUUCGCUGAAGGUGUUUUGCACUAUUGCCACGAAUCUUUUGAGGAUGUUGAGGAGGAUCUUUCCCCCCUACAAGCCGGAGUGGAGGAGAGCAAAGGGGGGCGGUGGGAGAAACCCGACCGCUGCUCGGUGUCUGCGCGGACCGGCGGAGCGCAGCCUGAAUUGCGGACUCUCAGGACUGAACGGUCAGGGAAGAGACAGAGAGGGGAAAUCCACCGAAUGACUUCUAUCCAGUACAAAUGUAGCAUUCAUGGUUGCUUUUGCAUUCAGCCACUCGACAGUGUUAAAUGUUUUAACAUCUGUGCAAUCCUAAAUUACUUUAAAAUUGUCUACACUGGCCAAAAGUGUACAGCUUUAUAGAGACAAUAGCCUAUAAAUGUAUAUUUCUGUUUAAAUGCCUGGUUUCUGUAAAUGUAUAUUUUUUAAGACUAUUCUAACUUAUAAUUUAUUUAUGUUUCUUUAUAAUUGUAAAAUUGUUGAUUUAGCCGAAUGGCGUAUUUUUAUUUUAUUUACAUUUUUUUUAUUAUUAUUAUUAUUAUUGUGAUGUUUUUGCAAUCAUGUAGCUUUCGAUAGUAGUCCACACUUGAAAAAAGUAGAAUUGUUUGUGUUUCUGAGCCGUUUUCCGUAAAACUGCCUUCAUU